CACUUGGUUAUAAACGCAGGCAAAGUACUUGGCAAUGGUACCGCCCAAAUCACCUGAUUGGAUAGGCAUACGUUUUCCUAAUCAAUGUGGAUAAUUGUCUACCGACUACAUUCAUAAGUAUGACCUCGACGUGAGUGGCGGUUGUUUGAAACAUUUCUGUUAGAUAUUUCCUACCAUGGCGUUUUCAUUGAGAGACGAACUUCGACCCCAUGACAAUUGGGCACCAGAAUCUGCGGCCUUGUCCACUUGCAGUAACGCGGACAUAUAUCGUAGAAUGAACACCAUGCUGGGCAACUCUCUGGAUUUUACUGGUGUGUGCACCACGUCCGGCACCAAGGGAAAGCUAGACAUGCUCCUGACCGACCUGCAGGAAUCGGAGCUGUCUGCAGUGGGAAGCAGGAUGCUCUUCCCCAGUAGCAGUGUCAGUGGCAGCGGAAGCUCUCUCCACGAGGGCGCCUCCAGAGGCCUGCCAGAUGUCAACGACCUGGGCCUGGGCCUCCAGUCCCUUAGCCUGUCCGGCUGGGAGCGCCCCUGGAGCAGCCAUGACACGGACACACACACCACCGCUGCUUCCCAGGCCCACACCAGCUCUACCUCCAUGCUGGACAUGCUGGGCAGUCCCCUGGGCCAGAUCCUGGGCAAGCCCCUUGGCUAUAACCCCCCCAGUGAGCCCAUGGGCACGGCAGCUGAAUUCCUGGAAAAGUUCCCCGGCAUGGCUCGCAUGACCAGCCGCCUGGACUCACGCUCCUUCCUAGACUCACGCUCCAGCAGCCCUGUAGACUCUGAAACCAGUGGCUUUAGCUCCGGCUCGGACCACCUCUCAGACCUGCUCUCCUCCCUGAGGAUCUCUCCCCCCCUACCUUUCCUCAUGUCCAACAUGCAGAAGGACUCUAUGAGGCUGAGCUCUCUGGGCUCCAGGCUGAACUACCAGGACCACGGCUCCCCUCUCACCCCACCGCCCAGCGCCACCAGCUCUGCCACGACCCUGUCCCGCCGCUGGCCAGGGGCCUCAAUAUGGCCCAGCCUGGACCUGCUGGAGACGCCCGAUGACCCCUUCAGCAUCGAGAGGGAGGCCCGUCUGCACAGGCAGGCAGCCGCUGUAAAUGAAGCCACCUUCACCUGGAGUGGACAACUUCCUCCCCGCAACAACAAGAACCCUCUGUACUCAUACAAGGUCUUCCUGGGAGGAGUACCCUGGGAUAUCACUGAAGCCGGUCUGAUCAACACAUUCAGUGGCUACGGCCCUCUGAGUGUGGAGUGGCCCGGUAAGGAUGGCAAGCAUCCUCGUUGCCCUCCCAAAGGUAAUAUGCCCAAAGGCUACGUCUACCUUGUGUUUGAGAACGAGAAGUCUGUUCGUGCGCUGCUCCAGGCCUGCACCCAGGACCUGCUCCACCCCGAGGAGAACGGAGAAUACUACUUCAAGAUGUCCAGCCGCAGGAUGCGCUGCAAGGAUGUGCAGGUGAUCCCCUGGGUGAUCUCUGACAGUAACUAUGUGCGCUGCCCCUCCCAGCGCCUGGACCCCAGCAAGACUGUCUUUGUGGGUGCUUUGCACGGCAUGCUCAACGCAGAGGCCCUGGCCAGCAUCAUGAAUGACCUGUUCGGCGGCGUGAUGUACGCUGGGAUUGACACCGACAAGCAUAAGUACCCGAUAGGUUCUGGGCGCGUCACCUUCAACAACCAACGCAGUUACCUGAAGGCUGUGUGUGCAGCGUUUGUAGAGAUCAAAACCCCCAAGUUUACAAAGAAGGUUCAGAUUGACCCCUACCUGGAGGACUCCAUGUGCCAAGUGUGCAGUCGCCAACCCGGGCCGUUCUUCUGCAGGGACCAGGCCUGCUUUAAGUACUACUGCCGCUCCUGCUGGCACUGGCAGCACUCCAUGGACCUUCUGAGCAACCACCGGCCCCUGAUGCGCAACCAGAAGAACAGGGAGUCCAGCUAGAGCAGAGGAGUCCAGCGAGGGGGCGGAGAACCCCACACCUCACGGGUGAGGACACACAGCGGGCGUCCGCAGAGCACGAGUGUCCAGCUGCCCCGACACCAGGGGCACCAUGGCACUCCCACCAGGAUUGGGGGAGAAACACUGUAGAGAAGUCUACUGCUGCACUUGCUACUUUUUGCUGUUUACUUGUUCACGUUGGCACUAUGCACAGUGACCUUGUUGGGAUAGUCAGGGGCCCCACACUUCCUUAUGCAGUUUCCCUGACUUGUGGCCAGACGAGUAUGAUUCAGGCCAGGGUUCAGAAGUAGAUGAAAACGCCUUGAUUUUUUUCUCUUAUCCUUAAGUUUUUUGAUUUUGUUUUACAUGCGUUGCAUAUUGAGAGCAUGCACGUCUCAUUGCCUUUCGUUGGUAGAUACCAUACAGUGCCUUCAAAUAGUUCCACCCCUUCCCCCCCACCCCCAGUUGGCUUACUGUUUUUCCUGUGCAAGCCAGCUGGUGUUUUUUACUUUGGAAGAUGAGUUGGGCUUCAUUUAACCAGUCGCAUUUCAGACAUUUUUACGCAGUUUUUUACUAAUUUGUACACAAACGGUUUUAAGUCAUGACAAGGAAAUUUGGAACCGAAUUCUACCUGGCGGCUUUUUAAUUUUUCCCCUCCCCUUGGUUUUUCCUCACCCCGAAGUAUUAGUCUGGGGCUGGUGGUAGAUUUGUUCUCCCUACGAUGUUCUACUGCAGGGGUAUGCAACCCUGUUCCUGGAGUGUCGCAAGGUCUGCAGGAUUUUGUUCCAACUAGGCACCACACCUGACCAAUUGAUCUGUUCAGUGAUUUCCUAAAUUCAACACCUGGUCUUCCAGGUUGGUUAAAAUGUAUAACAUGAAGUGCAUGUGGCACUCCAGGACCAGGGUUGCCUUCCCCCUGUUCUACUGAAUGGGCACAGAUUAAGGUGUUGAAGCAUUACUUUUCUUGUAUUGUUGGGCAAGUUCAUAAAGCCCAACGUUACUGGACACUGCUUCAACUGGGUUUCCAUGUUUUUCAAUCAAUUGGAUGGAUCUUUACUGAGACGAACGGACAUUGACGUUUUGAUUGUAAGUUACAUAGUUUUAUUGUUGCACUUUUUAAUUUGCACUUUAGGAGAGGGUGGCAGUGAUUUCUAAUCACUGUUUUAGUACAUCAACAAAGGGGCCCUGAGCUCAGAUAUGAAGCCCAGAUCUGAGCCCAGAUAUGAACCGCUGCUUGUUUCCUGUUGAAUGUAGAACUUCCACUUUGCUAAAACCGUACCAAGAGCUUGAGUAGACCUAACACAGCUUUCCCUGUGCUUUCUUACUCCAUCGCCUUCCGUGUUCCUGUUGAAUAUAUGCAGAUUAAGCUGUGUGCCAAAGACUAAGUGUCUUUCCCCCAUCAAGUUACUCAUGCUGAGCUUGUCUUAGCCCAGCUGCUUUUUAGAGUUUUGAAAGUCUACCUCACUGUGGUCUCUUUGCUGCUACUUACUGAUGUGGAUAAUGUUCAGAUUGGGCACAAUAAAGGUGUUUAAGCAUUA